AAGGAAACAAAAACCAUGGCUUCUUCUCUUCCACUAUCAUCCAACACCAAGAUUACCACUUGCGCCAUCGCCCCUUCACUCCCUCACAUAUUCCCAAACAAAUCCCAGAUCUCCUUAGUCAGAAAUCUUAGAGGUUCAUGUAAAGCAACAACAAUCAACAGUGACCAAAACCUUAAUCAAGAUCCGCAAACUUGUCUGGUAAAAUUGGAUAGGAGAAAUCUUCUCCUUGGUCUUGGAGGACUUGCCUUGGGGACUCAUAACCUAACAAGGCCAGCAAACGCGGCAGAGGCAUCAAAAAAGGUAGUUUUGGUGGAGAGUAGUGAGUUGCCAAUAGUUUUGGACUCUGUGGUGAGCGUGAUCGUGCCGCGGCCGAGGAGGUCGAGGAGCAAGAAGGACAAGGAGGAGGAAGAGGAGGUGUUGGCGAUUGAAGGGAUUGAGUUUGUGGCAGACAAGGUGCUCAAGUUCGACGUGCAUGUGAACGAUGAUGAGGACUCGCUGAGUCGACCUAACAACUCCGAGUUUGCAGGGAGCUUGGUGUUUUUGCCACAGUCCAAGAAAAAGGUUAAAACCAGCCUACAUCUUGGGAUUUCGGACUUGCUGGAGGACUUGGGAGCUGACGAUGAUGGCAGUAUCAAGGUAACUUUGGUGCCAAGGAAUGUCCAGCGACCUGUCACCAUUGGUCGGAUCAGGAUCGAAUAUUUUGCCUAGAUAAUUAGAAAAGAAGCUUGCACAUAACAUUGUGUAAGGUGAUCAAGAUUCAAAAGACAAUGGUAUACCUAUAAAUCAAUCAUCAGAUUCAGAAUUGCAGACCAAGUAACCAUGCCGGCUGCCGACUAAACUACCUGCUCUCCUCCACUUGAUCUUGUACUAGUACUAGUAGUACUGCCAAAGAUUCCACUCUUAAAUCAUUUGUCCGCAUGAAAGUCGUACCUUUUUCUCUUCAACAUAUCUUCUGCUGCGCUUUGAUUGUUGUUCA